AACCAUUGGCUCAUGUCUAUCAGUUCAGUUUUGUGUUCAUAUCACACGUUGUAUACGAAAAAUGACUUCGUUACGUAGUAUCAUGUUGACCACAAUUGUUCUGUUUUUAUGUGUACUCUCAGUAUACUCUUCACCAUUAUCAUUGGAAAAAACGUUAUCGUCUAAGCAAGAGUGCAUGACCGUAUGCUUACCAAAAUGUGAACAAAAAGGAUAUAAUCCGAGAUGCCAAGAAAAAACACUACAUCAUUGGUCAUGCGAAUGUUAUGGAGAUUUUAAAAUGAUAAACUCAAACAUUGAUAAAAUGAAACUUCUCAACAGCGAUGCAUUUGUCAUAACCAAUAAUGUAUCGGAUUACGUUUCAAAUACAAAUCCUUCAAUAAAAAUGCAAGAAGUAAGGUCGAGUUUGAACAAUCUUGUUACUAUGAAUCAAAGAUUUACGCAAUUCGCAAAGGACGAUCAAUGCAAAAAUGUAGAUUUUGAUUACGGAAUAAACGCAGUGGCUUCCAUUAAAGCCAAAGGCGAAUUUUGUUAUUAUGCUUCAGACAAUUGGCAUUUCGAUUUUGAUGGUGCACUCACUCUCAUUGGAAUUUCAGUAUGGAAUCAAGACGUGCAUUUACACCCAGGAACAAAUUCUAUUUCGUUUAGCCCAAAUGUUCAAGUCGCCAAAGCAGAUUUUGAAAUUGGUUUGUAUGACGAUUCAUUGUGUUUAAAAGUAAAGGGUUCAGGUUGUGUCAGGAAUUGGUCAUUCAACUGGAAUUGUAAUGAUUUUGACAAAACUCUUCAGUGUUUCAAGUAAUUGUGAGAUCAUCCAUAAGUUUCAAUGGAACAUUUCAAUAGACAAUAAAUAAUCAUAUUAUAAUUUCAUUAUUUUUAAAUGUAAAAAUAACUCAAAAAUAAAGUUUAAACAAUUAUUUUA